UAGUUUUGAUACUCAAAGAAUUAUAUCCAUUAGUUUUUGUGUGUGAUGAUAGCACCCACAACAACCUCAAUGAAGAAUCCAGUUGGUUUUUUAAGAUUGAUGAUGAUGUUUGUGUUGUGUGUGGUGUCGGAGGUUAUUAAUGGUGAAGAGGAGAUUAGAUGCAUUCCAGAGGAGAGGGAAGCACUCCUCCAAUUCAAGGCUGCCAUUGUCGAUCACAACGGCAUGCUCUCAUCUUGGACCACUCCUAACUACUGCCAAUGGGAGGGGAUUCGCUGCAGCAACCUCACCUCCCAUAUUAUAAGCCUCGACCUUCAUGGAGAUGGAGAUGAACGUUAUAUGAGCGGAGAGAUCCACAAGUCGUUGAUGGAGUUGUCACAAUUACAGUAUUUGAACCUCAGUCAUAAUUAUUUUCCAGACACUCACAUCCCAGAGUUUCUUGCUUCUCUCAAAAACUUGAAAUACCUUGAUCUUUCAUCAUCUCAGUUUGAAGGAAAAAUUCCAACACAACUUGGAUCUCUUUCUCAUUUGAAAUACUUAAAUCUCGCAGAUAAUUAUUUGGAGGGUGCAAUCCCUUAUCAGUUUGGAAAUCUCUCCCAAUUGCAACAUCUUGAACUCAGUGACAAUCUUUUAGAAGGAAAUAUACCAUCUCAACUUGGAAAUCUCUCCCAAUUGCAUCAGCUCUAUCUUCAACAUUUGUAUAAUCUCAAAAUUAGUGACGGAGGUCAGUGGCUCUCAAAUCUUAUUUCUUUAACCCAUCUUUACUUGGAUUCUCUAUCAAAUCUUAAUCAUUCUCAUAUUUGGUCGCAAGUGAUUGCGAAGCUACCUCAACUAAGAGAACUAAGUUUAGUUGAUUGUAGCCUUUCCGAUCAUUUCAUUCUGUCAUCCAAACAUUCUAAGUUCAAUUUCUCUACUUCCCUCUCUGUCUUUGAUCUUUCUGGGAACACCUUCACAUCAGCAGUGAUAUUCCAAUGGGUGUCAAACAUUACUUCCAACCUUGUUCACCUUGACCUUAGUGAUAACAAUUUGACUGAAGACCUUCCCUCCAUUCUCGGUAAUUUGUCCAGAGGAUGCGUUAGACACUCAUUGCAAGAAUUGGAUUUGAGUGCUAAUUACAUCACUGGAACUUUGUCUGACAUUUCAGUAUUCUCCUCUUUGAAAUCAUUGUUUCUUGGUGCAAAUGAGUUAAGUGGAAGGAUACCUGAAGGUGUGAAGUUACCAUCCACUUUGGAGGAUUUGUUAGUUUGGUCAAAUUCAUUAGAAGGUGGAAUUCCAAAAUCAUUUGGCAAUGCAUGUUUUUUGUUAUCAUUGGACAUCUCUAAUAAUAGCUUGAGUGAUGAGCUUCCAAUGAUAAUUUCUCACUUGUCUGGAUGUGCUAGAUAUUCAUUGCAAGUAUUAUAUCUACAUGAUAAUCAAAUCAAUGGCACACUACCUGACUUCUCAACAUUCACAUCUUUAGGAAAAUUAUAUCUUCACAACAAUAAGCUAAAUGGAGAGAUUCAUAAAGACAUUCAAUUUCCACCUAAAUUGGAGGACCUCUACAUCUAUUCAAACUCUUUAAAGGGUGUGCUGACUGACUACCACUUUGCUAAUAUGUCUAUGUUACAGAAUUUGGAUUUAUCUGACAACUCAUUGGGUUUGGCAUUUACUCAAAACUGGGUUCCACAUUUUCAACUGCUAUUUAUAAACUUGAGAUCUUGUCAGCUAGGUCCAACAUUUCCCAUGUGGUUGCAGACACAAAAUAAAUUUGUCGAUAUUGACAUUUCAAAUGCUACAAUAUCAGGUAUUAUUCCUGAAUGGUUUUGGGCUAAAUUAUCUCUACAAAGAGUGAUGACAAUGAAUAUUUCGUACAACAGUCUACAAGGUUUGUCACUUUUAAAAGUCAUUGAUCUCUCAAGCAAUCAUUUCUCAGAAGAAAUUCCUACAGAAAUAGAGAAAUUAGCUGGACUGAUUUCGUUGAACUUAUCAAGAAACAAUUUGAUUGGAAAAAUUCCUUCAAACAUUGGAAAUAUGACAUCACUUGAAUCUCUUGAUUUAUCAAGAAACCGACUUGUUGGUUCAAUUCCUCUAAGUCUUGCUCAAAUUUAUGGACUUGGUGUGCUAGAUUUGUCUCAAAACCAUCUUAGUGGAAAAAUUCCUACAAGCACACAAUUACAAAGUUUCCAUCAAUCUAGUUAUGAAGAUAAUCUUGAUCUUUGUGGACCACCACUUGAAAAAUUGUGUAUUGAUGGGAAGCCAACACAAAAUCCAAAUGCUAAUGUUUAUAAAGAUGAAUAUCCAUUUUUCAAUAAUGAGUUUUUCAUAAGUAUGGGAAUUGGAUUUGCUCUAAGUUUUUGGACGGUGAUUGGCUCAAUCUUAUUCAAACGUUCUUGGCAGCGGUCUUAUUUCAACUUCUUGAACAACUUAGAAGACAAUGUUCAUGUCAAAAUAGCAAUCUUUGUUAGAGUAAUUAACCGGGACAAAGAUUAACAGGCACUUGAAACCCAUCCUCUUGCACGACUCCACCUUUGAGCUUCUUAUGCUUGGUCAAUGCAAUGGUUUCACUAAAUUAUAAACGUCAUUAAGCAUUGU